AUGCUGCUUCUCACCCUCCUUCCUUUGCUUCUCUGCAACUUUGUUGCAGCCGCUGACGUUCAGCAAUGCCUCAACACCCACUUAGUGAUCAAUAGGAGCAACUCGACCAACCCGUACAUCCCGAUCGAACGUUUCAACGGGCUCGAAUACGCUUAUAUCGCGAGACAGAACGACGUCGCUCCUUGUCAACAGCUGUACUACAACUGGACCUUGAACCCGGGAAACAUUCAAUGCUCUUCAGGCAUCAAUCCGACUCUAGAAGAGGUUGAAUAUGCUCAAAGAAGCUUCUAUGAUAUCAGUUGUGGUGCUCCGUCCGCAUUUUGGAAGGGUACCACUGCCCACUCGGUCACGGUCACCCUGAAGAACCAAACCAACCCAGCUCAGACGCUCACCAAAGUGCUCGCCACCAACGUCUACGUUAAAUCCGAGAUCCCGACCCUCAACGCGUGUGUCGCCUCGUUGGCAGUCCCUGCGGUCAAUCAAACUUUCUCCGUUGGGAGUACCGCUGCGUAUGUGGUCAAGUUGAGCUACGAUCCUAAGGGUUAG